AUGGAGGAAAUGGAUUUCGAAGGAGAUAUUCCGGAGCAGCCGCAGCGGAAACGGCGGGCGCGUCCACCGACGGAUCCUCUAGAGAAUCACCCGUAUUUGGAGUUUCCUCCGGAGUCCGAGGCUGCUCUCCGUUGCGAGAAGCUUCGGAAGAUGCAUAUUGGUGAACAUUUUGCGGUUUCGUGGAAAACCCUCCGGAAGCUUGAGGUUGAAGAUUGGGUGCGGGGGUUUGUUCCCGUUGAUUCACCGUGGGAUCGUCUGUUUGAGCUAUCGUUUACGCCGACCUACAGGGAGAUACUAGUCGAGUUUCUAUCGUCGUUCGAGUUUCAUCCUCGUCGGCCAAAUGAGGUUGUGGACCCCGCGCAGCCCCCUCCCCCGCCCGAGGUUUCUUUUCGCAUGGCUGGCCAGGCGCGCGAAAUGUCACUUGCACAGUUUGCGGUGCAUAGCGGUUUGUAUACGGAGGCUGAGAUUGCUACGGAUCUUUAUACGAAGGGGCUCGUAAUGAUUGAUAAACCCACGCUAUUAGAGUUUUGGGAUCUGAUCGCGGACAUCCGUCAUUGGGACCACCACCAAUCCAAGGGGAGGAGUACGCUGAUUGAGGAUCCGCUCUUCAGCCGUAAACCGGCGUUUAAACGGCUGCAAACACAGCCCCAAAGGGCAGCGAUUUCGCAGCCGUUUGGGGCUGCGUUUGCAGCCGUUUAA